AUUAUGAGUAACGUUUUGCUACUACUUUCCAAACUUUAACUAAAAUAUCCAAGAUGGAGAUUACGUGGACAAAUACUCGUAAAAGUUUAAAAAAUUUUGCAAGUACAUUCAUGUGUGGAAAGUGUGGAAACAAACCGAUAACUCCAGUUAGAUAUACCAGUUGUGGAGAUUUUUUCUGUUCAAACUGUGCAAGAAGCAAUGAUGGUAAAUGUUAUUUAUGUGGUGUACCAGUUAGACCAAAUGAAAUACUUACUGAUCAUACAAUAUUAAAUCUUAUACGUGAUUGUGAUAUUAUUGCAAAUGUAAUAAAAGAAGACAAUUUGUGGGAUGUGAAAGUUAACAACAAAAAUAUAUCGCUAAGAAAUAAUGCAUUACCGAAUAAUUCCCAUACCAAUAAUACUGACAAUAAAAUUACCAAUUAUCAAUUACCACAAAGUGUUGCCAAAAAUAUAAAUAAACGCAAUCCGAAGGGUGAAACUUCUUUACAUGCAGCUUGCAUAAAGGGACAGAAAGAAAUAGUGGAAUCUCUGCUUAAUGCUGGUGCAAAUCCAAAUACAAAGGAUAACGCUAACUGGUCACCAUUGCAAGAAUGUAUUAAUUUAGGUUUUUAUGAAAUAUCUAAGUUACUCUUAAAAGCUGGUGCAUAUCCUAAUAUACCAGGUAUUGAUAAUAGGACACCUUUACAUGAAGCGGUUUUAAAUGAUAGAAUAAGAGAAGCAAAAUUAUUACUUGGAUAUCAUGCUAAUAAGAAUGUUUACGAUCAGUAUGGUAAAAAACCUAUAGAUUAUUGUAUCUCUAAAGAAAUGCAGCAAGUUUUAUCAGACGGAGACUUAUUUUCUAAUAAUGCAGAAAGUGAAUAUGAUUUAAAUUGCACUCUGAAUCAGACAUUAUGCCAAACCAAUUUGACUGUAUAUUUAUCAAAUUUAAAUGAAGCAAGCAAAAAAUUAUUUGAGAAAGCUGCCUUGAAACAUAAAAUAAAAUCUCUACCUACCUUUAAAUCAAGUGUAACUCAUGUAAUAGUGGAAGCGAACAAUAAAAAUAUUACUAAUCUCACUUAUGAUGUUAUGCUUGCUAUACUCAAUGGCAAAUGGUUACUGACUAGCGAAUGGAUUUCAAUGUGUUUAGAAUUGGAAGAUGUACAUCAAAUGGAAUUAGAAUUAUUUGAAGUCAGUGGUUGUCCUAUUUUGGGAAUACCUAAGCGAGCAAGACAAAACCAAGAACAACAAAAUCCACGAUUAUUCAAUCGAUGUUUCUUUUAUCUUGCUUUACAAGUUGACGUCGUUUAUUGUAUUGGUGAUGUUCAUUUAACGAAAAAAGAAAUAACGGAGCUAAUAAAUGCUGGUGAUGGAACUGUUCUUAUCAGAGAACCAAAUCCAGAAGAUAUAAAAGACAAGGAGCAAUGUAUUCCGUUUCAUGUUGCUUGUAAUCCUCGUCAUCCUUUAUUCAAGUGUACGCACUACAUUAUAUAUGCUCCUGGUAAUGACGAACCACGUAUUAAGUACAACAUGUCUCACAUAAAAAGUCUUCCUCUGAUAUGGCUAAUUGAAUGUAUAGAAAAGUUUACUUUACUUAAUCCCUCAUAUAUAGGUUUAUAAUAUAAUAAUUCUAUUUUAUAAUUUAUUCAGUCAUCGGUGUUUAUUAUUUAGUCUAUUUCUUCGUCAA